AUGGAUUUGCAGACCUUUCGCCUCGAAGGAGACCUUAUCACCUACAAUUCUGCUCUGAGUGCCUCGGCACGAGGGACGGCUUGGGAAGUGGCUCUGGCGCUCUGCGCGCUGCUGCAGAGGAGUCGGCUGCAGCAGGACUCCGUGACGGAAAGCACCCUUGUGAGUGCCGUCUCUAGGGCCGGUGAUUGGGAGAGUGCCUUGCAGCUGAUUCGCGGAUCCGCAUCCCACGACCUCGUUGGCUACAACAACGUGCUAUCUUCUCUGCGGCACUGGAGGCGUGCAGCGGCACUCCUAGCCGACCUCCGCCAGUGUUUGCGAAUG